GACGAUUCGGAAAACGAUAAUUAAAAAUGCUUUCGGUCUCAUGAAAUUUACGCGUCGCACCAUAAAUAAAAAUCGCUUCGAUUUUUUCUUCCAGUGGACGAGAAUUGACCAUUUUAAAAAUAGUCAAACAGUAUCUAGCACUAAAACUGAAAACGAAAAAGGAAUAUGUUAACGUGAUGUUACCUGUACAAUGAUGUUUGUUUUCGUACUGAUAUUCUCGUCACUGUCAACAAAAAAUUACAAAGCAAGUUUUUAUCGCUGGUGCUGUGGAUACGGCAGGGAAUUACAAUUAUUUGUAGAGAUAUGCAUGUUAGUGGGUUUGUGUUCAAGUAAUAAUUAAAUGUACCACCAUUUUAUAGUAGGUUAUGACGCAGAGUUAUAAUGAAUGAGUUUAUGAGUUAUAAUAGAAAAGUGAAAAUUGGAAAUUAAUCAACUUCCAUUAUUAUUUCUGAAAGCUAAAUUUGAAAAAGUAUACUCAAGAUGGAUAAGUCUAAAUUCCGAAUGAUGGAGGACGAAAUGAGCAGGUUCGAGGCUGAAAUUUCUGGCCAACCAGCAAUGGUGAACACAUAUGGUCCAACUUUCAUCACAAGCUUUGGAACAAUUCCUCCGCCUCCAGCGCCUCCCAUGCUUAUUCCUCAUCAGAUCAGUCGAAAGCACAUUUUCCAAGCAGAGCCUGUCAUCAGCCCACAACCAGUUGUAGUGUCUGCUAAGCCCACCCUAUAUGCGCCCCCUAAACCUGCGGCUGCUCCUGCACCAGCCCCUGCGCCCGCGGCCCCAGCAGCACCCACUGUGGAUUUUAUUGCAUUACAGUCAGAGGUCGAAAAGAAACUGAAGAAGUUGAAAAAUGAGAAAGUUAGUGCUGAACUGGCAAUUUCACAAGGCAAGGCAAGCAGUGCCCUACAGUCCUUUGGUCCAGAAGACCACAAGAGAAAAGGAAGUAAAAACAGAAAACUGAUGAGAAUAGCUGGAGGACAAACUUGGGAAGACACAUCAUUGGCAGACUGGCCAGAUGAUGAUUUUCGGAUAUUCUGCGGUGAUUUGGGCAAUGACGUCACUGAUGAGCUGUUGGUAAGAACAUUCAACAAGUACCCUUCCUUCCAAAGGGCUAAAGUCAUCAGAGAUAAGAGGACAAAUAAGACAAAAGGCUAUGGAUUUGUUAGUUUUAAGGAUCCAGCUGAUUUCACCAAGGCUAUGAAGGAGAUGAAUGGACGAUAUGUCGGUAGCAGGCCUAUCAAACUGAGGAAAAGUACGUGGAGAAAUCGUUGCAUUGAUAUAGUGAAGAAAAAAGAAAAAGAGAAAGCUGCAUUGCUAAACUUGUUGACGUCAGGUUCGAGAUAAUUUUUUGCGAAUGUAUUUAUAUGUAUUAUAGUUAUACUUGUAUGAGUGAAGUUUUAUAUUGAGUUCCAUCAUUUAUUUUUAAGACGUCUUUAAGUGAACAUAUAUGUUUUAUGUGUUAAUUCCUGUCAUUAUAAUAUUAGGAUCAUUUGGCCAGCAGAAUGGCUGAGAACUGAUUUAUGUAAAUAGUUAAAGGAACAAAAUAUUUUAGGAAACAAUAAAAAAUAAACGGAUCUCAAAUCUUUCAUUUUCUCGGGUUUUAUGGAGUUUGGCUUGGAUGACGUUAUGGUGUCCCAUAUAAAUUAAUUCUUCCAAAUCGAACGUGUAUCUUCUUUUCCGACAGGUGGCAGGCAUUGUACGAGUAUAGUCUAUGACCAAAACACCCAGAGUUUGUUAAAAUCACUGGUUAUUUAGUAAAAUAAAACUUGUUAUAUACGAUACAUAUAGGAUUGUCUUCAAACAGGUUUGCCCAGAUACUCA